AUGGCCGGCUUUGGCACCCAGCAGUGGUACAACGCGCCGAGCAGCACCCUGCGCGGGGAGGUGCUGGAGCGGGAGCUGGGGGACGGCUUCCUCGGCUUCGCGGCGGAGCUGCUGGCGGCGGGCAGCUACGAGACCGCGGGGGCGCUGUCGGCGGCAUUUGCGUCCCAGCUGCAGCACGCAGUCGUGACCACCGACGCCGCCAGGCUCGCGGCCGUGGCCGCGGCGGCGGGGGCGGAGUGCGAGAUGGCCUUCAGCGUGCUCGUCGCGGAGGAGCUGGAGGCGCCGCCGCGGGGCGAGUCGACGCUGCUCGACGCGACGGCGCUCGACGGCGGGCCCCGGCCGCUGGCGUUCUUUGCGGCGCCGCCGUCUGGCGCCGACGCCGCGGGCCGGGCCGUGGCGUUCAAGCUGCGCCACCACCUGUGGCGCGGCGCCCUGCUGACCAAAGAGGCGGCGUGGGGGACCGCCGCGCCGGCGGCCACGGAGCUGGGGGCCGUGACGUCGGUCGUCGGCCUGCAGGAGCCGUGCAUGCUGCGCGGCCUGGGCGGCACGGCGUCCAGCACAGUGACCCCCCAGGGGUUCGGCGCUGAGGGCACCCUGUUCGUCCUCGACACCGCCAUCGGCGUGGACGCGAGCGCGUUCGAGAGCGGCUGA